CUCACUGGGCUGGGGCUGGCCCCAAGGGACUGGUUUGGUGACAAUAGGAACUGCUUGGGAGGCGGCUGUGGGGGCAUGCAGUCACCCACAGAGCUGUCCUGCUGCCCAGCCCCGGGUGGUGGCGUGUCCCCUGUGGUUGCUCAGUGUGUCCCAUUGUGUGUUUCAGUGUUGGCAGCGCAGUCAGUGCCCUGGGGCGCUCAGCCGGCCACAUGGAAGUGUUUCCUCUACUGCAACGGGCUCAUGGACCACCUGUACGUGUGCCAGAACGGCAACAGCUGCACCGCCUGGUACAAGGCCCCCGGGCACUUCACUGGCACGCUGGAUGCUUUUGUGAAGAUCACGCGCAAUGAGGGCAUCAGAUCUCUGUGGAGCGGCCUGCCCCCCACCCUGGUCAUGGCCGUGCCAGCCACCGUUAUUUACUUCACCACCUACGACCAGCUCCGGGACUACCUGCGCACCCGGGUGGGGAGCUGGAACCACUACAUCCCCCUGCUGGCUGGGGCCCUGGCCAGGCUGGGUGCUGUGACUGUCAUCAGCCCCCUGGAGCUGAUCCGCACCAAGAUGCAGUCCCGGCAGCUCAGCUACCGCGAGCUGCGUGUGUGCAUCCAGUCUGCAGUGGCCCAGGACGGCUGGCUGUCCCUCUGGAGGGGCUGGGGACCCACCGUGCUGCGGGACGUCCCCUUCUCGGGUAUGCCUGGGGGGCACUGGGAGAAAUUGGGAACAAGGCUGGUGAAUCCCACAGCAGCCACAUAA